CCCCUGUGUCGCCGCCCUCUGUUCCUCAUUACUGACUCCCAUGGAUUUUGAGGAUUCCUCCUCCACCUCCUCUGCGUCCUCCUCCUCGUGCUCGUCGUCCUCCUCCUUGACCUCCUCUUCCAAUCAGCGCUUCCCCUCGGGCCUCUCGACCGCGUGCUCUGCGCCGGCCUCACGCGCCACGGCCCCUUCACCCAAGCGGAAGGCUGGGCGGAAGAAGUUUCGGGAGACGCGCCACCCGGUGUACCACGGCGUGCGGGAGCGCAACGGCGGCAGGUGGGUAUGCGAGGUGCGGGAGCCCCGCAAGAAAAGCCGCAUCUGGCUGGGAACGUUCCGGACGCCGGAGGUGGCUGCCAGAGCGCACGACGUGGCCGCCAUCGCGCUCCGGGGCGAAUCGGCCCACCUCAACUUCCCAGACUCGGCCUGGGUUCUGCCGCGAGCGACGUCCUCCGCCGCGGAGGACGUCCGCCGCGCCGCUGCAGAGGCUGCCGAGAUGUUUGGCGCUUCGGAAACGAGAUCGCAGCAGUUUUCAUCGUCGUCGACAAUGCCGCCUGCCGCGCCAGGAGAAGCUGGAAGAACACCGGCAACGGAUGGGAGGGAGGCGGUUGCAGCUCCGGAGGCCGCAGCUUGGAUGCCAUCCGCUUUGUUUGUGGAUGAGGAGGCGCUGUUCAACAUGCCAGGGUUGCUGGAUGACAUGGCGAGAGGAAUGCUGCUGACGCCACUGGCCAUGCAAACAGGGUUCGAUUGGGAUCGGGUUGACGAACACCACAUGGACCUGUCGUUAUGGGCGGACUAACUACCCAUAACGAAGCGUUUUUGUUCCUCGUCAUUUAGAUUCACUGUCCACGAUCCAUUCGUGACGCAAUAACUCUUUAUAUAUAUAUAUAUAUAUAUAUAUAUAUAUA